GUCUUCCUGCCUCAGCCUUCCAGGGUGCUGGGACUACAGGCAUUUGCCCCCACGCCUGGCCCUGCCCUUACUCCUGACACUCACCCACCCAAAGGACCCCGCAGAGCCUUCCUGCCCGCCAGCACCCUCCAGCCCCAGAGCCUGGGACUCCGGCCCUGACCGUGUGGUCACCAUCCUGGAGCCUUCUCCUCCAGGCAGAGGACAGCACCACUGUCCCCUCCUGCACCAGGCAGGGUGAGCAGAGCCCCACCCACCUCCUGCUCCUGACCUGAACUCCCACGCCCCAUCCUGGAACCACAUGGGGCAUGGCGCCUCAGGGAGCAGAGGCCCCUGAGCGCCUGGAAGCCUCCCCACCUCUCCAGCCAGGGCAGCCGUCAUGCAAGCUCACCCCUGCUGUGCCAGCUCCUGGUGGGUUUGAGUCCAGCCGUGCCUUCCAGUCCCCCCCUCCUCUGAGUCCUUGUCUCAGUGUCCCCACACGUGCCACAGGUCCUGCUGCCUGACGUCCGUGAGGCUCCGGGAGUGUCACUGACAUGUCCUCCCCAGGCUCUGGCGCCAGCCCAGACCCCAGCACCCACCCAGCCACUGCCUGUGCUGCCCGAGGGGGAGGCUCCUCCCUUAUCAGUGGUUACUGCCCUCCAUGGUUACACAGUAAUGUGAAGCCAGCCGCGGCCAUGGCUCAAGACACAGGGGCCACGAGGGAGGAAGGGUCCCUGGGCACCCCGGAGCCCUGAGACGACCAGAGCAAAGCAGCAGGACCCUGGGGCGGGAAAGCGGCCAGGCCGGGUGCAGAGAGAGGAGACUUCGGAGAUCAGGAGGGCAGCCACCGCCCCACCCGGGACACAACCCAGGACCGCGGCCAGCAGACACCAACAGGCACGGCCGGCGCUGAGGAAGCAGCAGGACAGGUGCCAGCCGCCCUGGAAGACCCCCCAGCCAGACUCACUCCUCGGUGGCCAGGCCCCAGGAGGGGGGGGCAGGGGGCAGAGCUCCGCUGCCUCCAGCCUGCGGCCACUUCUCUCUGCCCUUCAUCCCUGGGCAGCGUCAGGGGCCCGGCCUCGUCCAGGAAGCUGCUCUGCCGUGCUGAGCUCCGCUCCUCUGUGGCUCAGCCUUUGAUACCAGGCUGGUGAGAGCCUGGGCUGUGGACCUGGGAUAUAGCUGCCAGCCAGUCCCGGGGAGCUGCCACGUCCAUGAAGUCCCUGCAGACGCAGCGUCGUGCCCGGACAGGCCAGCAGGAGGCUCCCAGCCCCGCCUCUGCCCCGCCACCCAUCACCCUGGGCACAGAGCCCCAGCCCCUCGGCCGGCCAGUGAGCCCUCAGCCUGGCUCCCCUGGGCAUGGAGAAGAGUACAGGGUGCCUUGGGGCCCCCGAGAAGCUGGGCCUGUCCUUCUCCAUUGAGUCCAUCCUCCGGAGGCCCUCGGGCCAGUGUGACAAGACUGGGCUGGAGCCCCCGCAGGAACAGCCCCAGGCAGAGAGGAGGGUCCGGCGCAGGGCCCGCACCACAUUCACACCGGAGCAGCUGCAGGAGCUGGAGAAGAUCUUCCAGUUCACCCACUACCCCGACAUCCAUGUCCGCAGCCAGCUGGCUGCCAGGAUCAACCUGCCAGAGGCCCGGGUGCAGAUCUGGUUCCAGAACCAGCGUGCCAAGUGGCGGAAGCAAGAGAAGACGGGCAGCCUGGCCGGCCUGGGCACCCCGCAGCAGCCGGGAAAGGCCGCCUUGGCCCUGCCCCCAAACCCAGGCAUAGCUGGCCCUGUGCUGAUAGCCACAAGGCUACGAGGGCUGGCCGAUCCCUCAGGCUGCUCCCCACCUGCCCAUGGCCACCCAGCCCCUGCCUGGCUACCCGCCAGGGUCGCCCUCCUGCUCCAGCACCCUUGGGAGAUGCAGCCCCUGCCGGCCCCACCCACCCUGCAGCGCCCGACUGCCCUCUGUGUCCUGCCAGCUCCGCCCCCCAGCGGGGACAGUGUCUGCGCCACUUCUACCUAGGCAGCAGUGAUGGAAUGGCCACAGCGCCGGGACCUCGGGAGGAUCAGCCUCAUGGCCCAGUUGCUACACCGACCGCGGCAGCGCUGACAACAGAGGACAGUGGGUGCUGGGUGAGGGCUCCGGACGCCCAAGGCUUCGCAUCCUCUGACUGUGGGACCCCCUCCGCCUCUGGCCUCCCCUGAACACUAAGCACUGCAUAAGGUGACCUCAGGGCCCUUUUCUCCAUGAGCUGCGAUAGCCAGAGAGCCCUGGGGGCUGGGAAGUCGGUGGGCCCAUGCAGCCAUCCAGUGCUCGCUGGACGCGUUUCCCCAGUGCUGCUGAGCCGAUGCAGCCACAGCAGCUUGGUCCUCCAGGUGGCCGGAGCAUGGUGCGGACUUGUGCCCUGGGCUUGAGUCUGACCCUGCCUUUGAGGCUUCAGUGUGGACAUCACCGAGCAGGACACACAGCCUCCAGGGUCUGGUUGUCCUGCCGGGCUGGGAAGGCCUGGUGGCAGGUGGUGUGGAUGAAGAUAAGAAGCCUUUCCAGAGUUGCCAGCUUCCCUGGGGCAGGGGCAGCUGGAAGCCACCUCCCCCGGUCCUGGGAAGUCUGAGAUUUCAGUCAGUUCUUUGUGUCCCUGCAGAGCCUCAGUUUCCCUGUGUGUAAAAUGGGCCAGUGACUCCCCAGCCUGCUCUGCUGUGCCACUGUGGAGCACUACACUUAAUCUCAUGUCCACGGGGUCCUGCUUGCUUUGGGGAUGGGGCCUCACCUGAGGCUGAGCGGCCAGCAGUCAGGGAGCCCAGAGCCUCUGCAGUUCCCUGAGCCUGUGCCACCCAGGAGCAAGGAGCCGGUUCUUAGUCUCCGCUCCCUCUAACACUCCAAGCAGCCCUACCACGGAGCCCUCUGGGCCUUGGUUUCCACAUCUGGGACCUGGAGGUGGCAGCGCCAGCCAGGGCCCAGGCUCAUGGUGUGGGCCAGGCAUUUUGGCAUCACCAUGGGGUGAAUUUCAUCCUAUGAUCCACUGCCUCCUCCCUUAGGAUUUUUCCCCAAGAAUUAUUUUAUUCCCUUCAUAUGCACGGAACAAAGAAAUUGCUUUAGAACCUUAGUGUCACUUGCCCAAGCUCUCGCUGCCCAGUUACUGUGACAGCAAAAUGAGCUAGUGCCCUUGGCAUGGAGCGAGCACUCGGCAUACAUUAUGAGAAAAGUCCCUUCCCCAAGGCCCCCUCUGCCUUUCUGUGCCGAUCUUAACCACCAGGAGCCCAAGCGCCAUCCCAGGAGUGAUUAACCCAGUUUCUGAGAGGCCAAGGAACACCCAGAAGAGUGUGCAGAAUUCUGCCUGGCCAUGUGUUCACUUUCCCAGAAAAAGGGCCUCACUGCUUUCAUGAGUUUUCUAAGAGCUCUGAGACUUAAAGCUAAUAACCACGGAGUCCCUGUGGACACGCCAGCGCCAGGCUGGGCCAGGCUCAGGCCUGGCAGUGAGAACACAGAGAGGUUCAAGCAGAGCUGUUUGCAAAGGUGAAAAUCAUGUUACUGUUGCCCCAGUUCCAACAUGCUCCAAAAGCGGGUGUUGGGAAUGUAUCGCCAUGGACGCAGUGUCAGAGCCGGGCCUUUGGGGGUCGGAGGCCGAGGCAGCUCUGCCCCCGGGGCAAGGUCCAUGUCUCACGGUGGAAGCGGCUUCCCCACAGAGGGACAACUGGGGCCUCGCUCUCCUCCGAGCCCGCUUUGCCUUUCCAGGUGGGGUGACUCGGUGAGGCUCUCCAGACGCCAGCCCUCCAUCUCAAUUCCCGGCCUCCAGAAUCACGAGCCAAUACAUUUCUGUUGGUUGCAGAACACCACCCUGUGGCAUUCUGACACCACGGCACAAACUGGACUGGGACAGACAUAAAGUGGACAGGCGCUGAGCUCCGUAACCGAUGAGGGAAGUGCUAAGGCAUGGUAACCAGGUCAAAGGACAGAUGCCUGUGUACACAGCCAGGCAUGCUCAAGAGGAAUCACAGGCAUCAGGAGGCAAAUAAUCAAUUUAAUCACCCUGGACGCAAUUCUUUCUCAUUGCUGUUGACAAGAAUCAUUUGCCUUACUGACGGUUUUUCAUUAUCUUAAGCUAAAAGUAGCUCGAAGAUAAUGAAAGGUGCAGACAUCCUGGAAGAGUGUGUGAGGCAGAGCCCGUUUGUUACACGGCAGCUCUUCCUUUUCAUCUGUAGACUGGCUCUCCCAGGCUUCGCAGGCUGACCUCCACCUCGCAAGUCUCCUGCCUCAGCCUGCAAGUAGCUGGGAGCACAGACCCGGGUCCAGGCCCAUUCCCACUACUUUUCAUAUCCCAUUCCAACAGCUUUUAGGUUUCCCACCAUACAGUUACUUUAUCUCCUUGACUCUCGCUCUCCUGGUCCAUUAAAUGGGGGCCAGGCUCGGAAGCCAGCCGGGUGCCUCCACCAGUGACGCCUGAAGGUUUGCACACUUGUCAACCCAUGGUGCGAAUGGAAGAAGCUCCUACUCAUUGCUCUUCCUCUAAAACUUAAAAGUUCACAUCUGCAAAGUGCUUAGCAAUACAGUAACAUUUCUUUAAUGGCCACUGACCUUUCAUGGUUCUAUUUUUUAAAAAGCAAACCAAGCAAUAGAAAGUGGACAAAAGGCCAAGGCAAGAGUUUCAAAAGAAAACACAAAUGGAUACUAUGCCCGGGAGAAUGUUCUCAACCUCGGACAUAAUUGGAAAUGUAAAUAAGUAGCAAUGAUAGACCCACGGCCGCCAUCCCUCACCCAGGCAAGUGCGGCUCCUGAGUCGGCCUGAAAGGUGGUUUGGCUCCAGCUCUUCCCAGGCGAUUCUCUGACCAGAGACUCUGGCUGCACGAGUGCCCCUGACAAGCUCGUGCAGCUGCGGCCUACAGGACGCCCGACGCUGCCCCACAAGAGCCAACGCGGGUGCUGUUGCAGGCACCUCCCUUGGUGAGUGCCCACUGCGCUGUGUACCACAAGCCUCCUGGGAUGUGGGUCUCAGAACGCGUCCCUAGCACCAAGCCACAUGGGCUUGCUUGUCCGUCCUCUGCGUCAGAACACACAGAGGAGGUGUGGUAGGGAGGCGUGGAAGCCACUGAGGAGGAGCCUCUGGUGCUAGCUCACGGCUGCUCGGAGCACUGCACAGCCCACAUGGGCCUCCCUCUCAGAGAUCAGCACUCCACACACCCUGCCUGGAGGUGAGGCUGCCUGCAAUGCUUGAUCUCAUUCUGGUGCGAAGAGACAGGGACCCCUUUGCCCUUUCCACGGCCCAGGUUCCUGCACAGUCAGCUCUCCUGCCUGACGACUCACCAAAGCACAGCUGCUUGAAACCACCAGCAGCCAUGUCCUUCCUCUCGACCCUAGUCGGACCUCGGAACUGAGCUCUGCUGGGCUCUUCCUGGGUCUGUGCCAGCCAGAAAGUCGGUGGCCACUGAGUGGUCCAGGAUGGCCUUGCUCACAGGCCAGGCUUGGACAGCUGCUGGCCAGGCGACGGGACAUCAGGCCCACAGGAGGCUCAGCCGCUAUGAACUGUGCCUCACCUCUGCUAUGCACUGUGGUCUAACCCAGGCCCAGGCAGCUCAGACUCGGGGACAAAUGGUCAGCACCUGCGAUAACCCCGACUGGACGCCUCACUCCCACAGCUCCCAGCACCCUGUCCUGGCCGACACCCCCAAGCCUGCCCCUUCCACAGCCUGCCCCUGCCGCAGAAAGAGCCCACACACACUCCGCACUCUCCUCUGACCCCGCGGCAGACCCAGCACUCAGCUGCCUCCCUGACACCAGCCACCGCUGGUGCUGACGCCUGCAGCCACAUCCUGGCACUCCCAGCUUCUGGCCCUCGACCCGGCCUGGCCAUCCCUCUGCAGCCAAAGACUCGGACGAGAAUCCUCACUGGGCCCAGGUUCCUUUCCUUCUCGGGGGAGUCUGUGAGCCAGUGUGGAAGCCCUGGGUCCGUCCCCCCCCCGCCAGUGCUUCCAACCCACCGCGCUGGCCUUCUGUCCACCUGCAGGCCCUGCUCCGGGGCCUUUGCUCUUCUUCCCUCUGCCUGAAGCCUCCCUCCCUAGCUAUCACCUGCCUCCCCCUCUCCUGCGCCCGUCUGCACCCACAGAUCCCCAGCAUCCUGCCCAGGAUCACCCACGAGCACCUCCUAUCGCCCCAGCUCCACCGUGUAAUUCUGACAGUGCUUAGCAACACCUGCAGUCUGCCGCUUCAUCAGUCAGCUGUCGCCUGUCUCCCAGCCCUGGAAGGAAAGCAUAAGUCUAAGGACAUAUCUGAAGGGCACACUGCUGUAUUCUCAGGCCCAGAGCCAGGCCUGGCACGUGGUGAGCCCUUCACAUUUGUACACACGUGCACACACUUUUGUGCCUUCAUAUGUGCACUGGGCGCCCGCUUUGCUGCCCGCUCCUCAGUAGCCCCUUCUCCCAGCAGCCCCCACCCUGGCCAUGAGGUCGGGUGUAGCCCUGGGGCCUCUGAGGAGCUGAGCAGGAUUGCAGCAAGGGGCAGGGCCGCCUCCUGUGUGCCCACACACGGGUGCUGUGCUGGGCACCCCGAGGUCCUGCAGUCCACCACACUCGCUCGACGCCCAGAGUGGCAUCCAGAAGUCAGCCCCACCUUCAGAACAGACCUUGUGACUUCCACAUGCAGACUUACCUUAGGGACAGCCAGGCUAGCAAGCUGGUGAUGCAGCUCACCUGGGGGUGCUCAGAGCAGAGAGCAGUGACCCCGGCCAGGCCCGUGUCCCCCAGUGGGCGGACACCCCAGGCAGGCACAACCCUGAACCCAGUCCUGCUCACCCUGACUCAGUGCCCACAGCCAGGCAGAACCCUGUGGCCACUCAAGGAUGUCCCUGCUGGAAGCGCGGUCCCCUCCGAAAGCUGCCAUUGCCCCAGCCCCUGGAGGACGAGGUGGGGAGUGGUCUCGCUCGGGUCCACCACCCGACACUGGAAACCCUGCCAGACCCGGGAAUGGGUGGCCAUGUGUGCAUGAGCAGCCACCAAUGCGUGGAAGCGGAGCCAGCAUGUCCGCUGCCUGCGCCUCUCGCUCCCCUGCACUGGCACCUCCACGCACACGCCGCCAGUUCCCUCCCAGCCCUGGCCAGUCACAGCCACCUCCGGGAGGAAGUGGAGUCGCCCCAGACUGCGCUCCCGCAGCCUGGGUCUGGCAGCCCUGUCUGCCCCUCUCGGUGUCCCAUCUGUAAAACCCCACUGCCUGGGACCUGUGUGUCUGCCGCUGUCCUCACUGUGACCGAUGCCUGAGAAAAGCAGCUUCCAGGAGAGUUUGGCUGGGGGCCCUGAGGCUCUGGUCCACAGUCAGCGACGCUGGCUUUAGGCCCCACUGAGGCAGAAACGCCGUGGUGGGGCACAGGGAGGAGGCCACUCCCCUUAGGGCUGCCAGGAGCAGAGUGAGCCCCGAGGAGGGUCCAGGACGAUGGAGUCUGCAUCUCGCCCUGCAGCCCGUGCACGGGUGACUCACACACGGUGUCCGGUCCCUGCCCACACCCAUCACUGACAGCAAAGAGUCUCAGGGCAUUUGGGCCCGAGGCAGAGCCCCCUUCUGACCUCACUCAGACUCAGCGGCUCUGGGGGCGCCGAGCCUCCAGGCCUGGAGGGCACAGCAGUUGUCGAGACCGCUGUGUCCCGGGGAGACUGGAGACCAGGCCCCGUGUGACUCCUCGGCUUUGCGUGGGCCCAGCCAGCUCCAGCAGGAGCUGUUCCUAGUCCUCCUCUGCUCUUGGCCAAGCCAGCCUCCCACAGCACCGUGGUCAGCGCGGAAAGGAGCCACGAAGAUGCCCUGGACACAGGGAGACUUCACUGACGUGGGCGAUGUGGUACAUGGCACCCUGAGAAGUGUCCUCGCCCAAGAGAAUGGAACUCGCCUUCAACCACUCUCAAGACUCAGCUACACACCACAGGAAGUGUAGAAGUCAGAAGAACUGAACGCCAUGAAGACAAGUCGGCAUCUGCUGAGCAGAGGACACUGUGUCUCCAUCAACUCGGUGUGGGAGGAGGGCAGAGCGGGCUUCUGCGGGCAUCCUAACCCUGAAGAGCCCUGGACACAGUCAGAGGACUCUGAGAUGGGCUUAGCAGCCCUCCGAGCUGGAGAAGCACACCGCACACUGAAACCCAGGCGAGAGGCCUGCGUGGAGGGUUUGCUCGAAAUCCUCCCGCAAACACACACACACACUUCAUACCCCACACACACUCACACACAGAGCAGAGCAGGGAAGGUAGGAGUUCACUAACAGGCAGAGGAAAGCUACUAGUCGUUAAGUCCUGCCAAUGGCCAUAAGAAAAAUGUAAACAUUUAAAUGUAGUCAUUGGAAACGUUUACUUUGAAAAAGAAAGAAAAGGAGGGAGGGAAGCAGGCAGGCCAGGAAGAAGGACAGAAAAGGAUCUGGGGACAGGAGUGCUCAAAGCUGGCUCCUGCAGGUCCCAGGAAGGACGGCGUGGGGCGCCAGGGACCUCAGGUGGGACUGGUGGUGUGGGAUGGGAGCAAAUGCCUCAUGUGGCCCCACGGGGCAAAGCAGGCGGUGGGGGGAGUGCAGCCCUUCUGAGGUUGCCGAAGGAGCUGUGAAGCGUCCAGCAGUUGCUCAUGGUCGGCCCUCCACAGCCCAGGACCAGCGCUGGCCGUCGGAGCCCUGAGUGACAGCGGCCCAAUCCUGCCCUUCACCCGUGCUCCCUGCUCCCUUCCUGCUGCCCAGCGUGCUCAUUCUCCCCACCUGCCCCCGGGGAGCCGAAAGCCCAGAGCUCGGACCUGAUAGACGGGGACCACGGAGCAGCUGCACAUCACCUUCCACGGUUCCCUCCCCUUUGUGCCCAUCCACUGUACUCCAUCGGGAUGGUAGUGGCAGAGGUGCUGAGGUCCUGCCCCUGACACCAUCCUGUGAUGUGGGCAUCAGAAGCAGAGGGGGCGGGAGGGACCUUGCCUGACGUCACAUAGAAGACAUCUGACGCAAAUCGAGGUUUGCCUGAUGCUGAAUCCCACUACAUGGGAUUGAACCCAGGGCUUCAUACCGAGCUACAGCUGCAGUCCAUUUGUUGAUUUCUUAUUCUGAGGCAGUGUCUCACCAACCUGCUAAGCUGCCCUGGUUGGGCUCUAACCUGCAAUUCUCCUGCCUCAGCCUCCCAGGGUGCUGGGGUCACCUUCAUGCACCACUGUGCUGCUAUAUAAUUAAGCUAUCUACGUAAACUGUAUGCAUAAUUUAUGACGCAUAAUGCUGCGUGGCGCAUCUGUGUGUGCAGUGUGCAUGUAGCCUCCCAUCCUUCCCCGUGUCCGUUCUUUGUAGCACCGCAUCUGGCCUGCAGUAAACACUCAACAAACACCAGCUGAGUGACUCAGUCCUGCACUGGGACGAGUCUCCAGUCUGCCUGUCCCCACGAUGCCCCACGACUGUCAGCGUCAGCACAGCUGGUAAGCCCACAGGACUGGGCUGUGGAAUCCUGGAAGGGACAGGGGAACAUCCUCGCAGAGAGCCCAGAGUGGCAGGGGCUGCCCAGGCCGAGGUCGCCAGGAAUUCCCUGGGUGGCGGAGAGGCCGGAGAGGCCGGACCGGACCGGUCUGGUCUGGGGGAAGAGGCAUCCCCUCCUGGCUCCCUCGCAGUGCUCCAGGGCCCUGACCUCUGAGUGACCCUGGGCGAGACCUGCGCUGGGAGGAAACUUACAGCCCUGCUAUCUCCUGGAGGUAAUAAAGGCGGUCAUUUGGUGGCAAUUAGAACCCUAACCAAUUGAAGUCAUUUACAGCUCCCAACAAUUCCCCUGGCUGUUAUCGCCAGAACGCUGAGAUGUUAUUUGAGGGGGUCAUAAAGGCAUGGGGUGGGGUGGCAGGAAGAGAGAUGGCUGUGAGCCACCAGAGCCCACAGGUCCCGGCCCUCGCGCUGGCCUGGAGCUGGGACCCACAGCAGCAAGAGGAGCCUGCCAGGGCCCGGGCUCUGACGCAGAGACGACUCGGCCCAAGUGAGGAGGGGCCAGUGGCUCCAGCUCCGGAGCGGAUGCGAUCCCAGGGUCCUUCUCCCCCUUUUCCUGAUUUGCCAGUCCCUCUUCUCAGCACACAGUGAUGGCAUCUGUCGUGGGGAGUCGGCACCUGCGCACAACUCACCUAAUUCCCACACCCCCUGCUCCUUCCAACUCUCGGUCCCCUUCCCUCCGAGAAAGCUCUAUUUUCUUUAUGAUUUCCCCCUUCAGUUCUGGUUUUUUCCAUCCCUUUUCCCUCCCCUCAUUCUCCCUCCCUCUGUCUCUUGUUCACGCAUCCAUCUGAAAAGAUCUCCCAGCUUCCUGUUCAUCUCUGUCAGAGAG